CUCAGCGCCUCUUCCCACCGGGCCCCGGGUCUCGCAGCCGGCUCUGUCCGAACCGCGCGACCCAGCUCCCGCGGGCCGGCGAUGCCCAAGAAGCUGCUGCUGCUGCCGCCGCUCUCCGCGUCCUCGUCCUUCCGUGCCCCGCGAGCCCGCCCCGUUGUCCAGUCGGCCAUGAACGCCGCUCGCACCGGCUACCGAGUCUUCUCGGCCAACUCCACGGCCGCCUGCACCGAACUGGCCAAGCGUAUCACCGAGCGUCUUGGUGCUGAAUUGGGAAAAUCUACUGUAUACCAAGAGACCAACGGAGAAACAAGAGUUGAAAUAAAAGAAUCUGUGCGUGGCCAGGAUGUCUUCAUCAUACAGACGAUUCCCAGAGAUGUGAACACCGCAGUCAUGGAAUUACUGAUCAUGGCUUAUGCGCUGAAGACAGCCUGUGCCCGGAAUAUUAUUGGCGUCAUCCCUUACUUCCCCUACAGCAAGCAGAGCAAGAUGAGGAAGAGAGGGUCCAUAGUGUGCAAGCUCCUGGCCUCUAUGCUGGCAAAAGCAGGUUUAACUCACAUUAUCACUAUGGACCUACAUCAAAAGGAAAUACAAGGCUUUUUCAGCUUCCCAGUGGACAACCUCCGCGCCUCCCCUUUCCUGCUUCAGUAUAUCCAGGAAGAAAUUCCCAAUUACAGGAACGCAGUCAUUGUAGCCAAGUCUCCUGAUGCUGCAAAAAGGGCCCAGUCUUAUGCGGAGAGGCUGCGUCUGGGCUUGGCCGUCAUCCACGGGGAAGCCCAGUGCACGGAGCUGGACAUGGACGACGGCAGACACUCCCCACCGAUGGUCAGGAACGCCACGGUGCACCCGGGCCUGGAGCUGCCACUGAUGAUGGCUAAAGAGAAGCCCCCCAUCACGGUGGUUGGAGACGUUGGCGGACGCAUUGCUAUCAUUGUGGAUGACAUCAUUGAUGACGUGGAAGGCUUUGUGGCUGCUGCGGAGAUCCUGAAAGAAAGAGGCGCUUAUAAGAUCUACGUCAUGGCCACACAUGGCAUCCUGUCCGCAGACGCCCCGCUCCUGAUCGAGGAGUCAUCCAUCGAUGAGGUGGUGGUCACCAACACCGUUCCCCACGAGGUGCAGAAGCUGCAGUGCCCCAAGAUAAAAACUGUGGACAUCAGCCUGAUUCUCUCAGAGGCGAUUCGGAGAAUCCACAAUGGAGAGUCCAUGGCCUACCUUUUCCGGAACAUCACUGUGGACGAUUAG